GACGACAUUCCCACUCUAAUCAGAUUUUUUAAUGAGGGGAAUCGACCUAACCUAUACCAACUAAACGCUUUCGGUUCUUUCCUCUUAAACUCUUCCGAUAGUGGGGAUUUUAUAUUCUCCUUCACGCUAAUAGCGUUGACCGAUUCAUAUUUUAUACACUGCCCUAAAGCGGCUCAACCUAUCGUGACACUACUCGGUGUCGUUCUUAAACGUGGGGGGCAACUAAACUAUGUUUAUAAGAGUUCGUCGCGAACCUAUCACACGUUCCCCGUCACUAUAUACUUUAAGAACGGGCAACGUUGGGCGAACUUUCCACCACUAAAUAUAAAUACCCACGUUUUUUUGACUGGCCGAAUCUUCGGCGUCACUAAAGAAAACCGCUAA